GGUCACCUCCGGCUGCGCACGCAGAACCAGCAGUGUAUAAAGCCGAGGCGGUUCGUCGCACCAGCUGCUACUCUGGGUCGGAAAAUAGUAUUUUAAAAGGGAGAAGAUAAGAGGGACGUGAAGCGUCGAGGCCUAUGACUAUUGACAGGUUUUGUAGCCUGGACGGCUCGGACCGCUUCUGGGACUGGAACCGGACAUGGCACUCCCACAGCCCAGACCUGACCCGGUGCUUCCAGCAGACGGUGCUGGUGUUGGUUCCCUGCAUCUACCUCUGGGUGUGCGCACCCUUCUACAUGCUGUACCUGAAGUCCCAUCAGCGGGGGUACAUCUGCAUGUCCCACCUGAACAGAGCCAAGACUGUCAUCGGUUUCCUGCUGUGGAUUAUCUGCUGGGCAGAUGUUUUCUACUCCUUCUGGGAAAGAGAGCAGAGGAUUUUCCGGGCGCCUGUGUACUUGGUCAGCCCACUGAUCCUGGGGGUCACCAUGCUCCUGGCGGCCCUGCUGACCCAGUACGAGCGUAUCCGGGGCGUCCAGUCCUCGGGCCUGAUGCUGAUCUUCUGGCUGGUGGCGCUGCUUUGUGCCUCUGUCUCCUUCCGCUCCAAAGUCCUGCAGGCGCUUGACGAGCCGGACACCGUGGACAUCUUCCGCUUCACCACAUUCUACACGUACUGGGCCCUGCUACUUGUGGAACUCAUCCUGGCCUGCUUCUCAGACCAACCCCCCCUCUUCUCCCAAAGCGUGAAGGACCCCAAUCCCUGCCCAGAAGAUGGGGCUUCCUUCCUGUCUAAGAUAACCUUCUGGUGGAUCACUGGGCUAUUGGUGCAGGGCUUCAGAAGACCCCUGGAGGAGAAGGACCUGUGGUCCCUGAAUGCCGAGGAUCGCUCCCAGCGCGUGGUCCCACAGCUGAUGCAUCACUGGGACAAUGAGUGCCACAGGGACACUAGGCCCCUGCUGAAGACCCUGUACUCCCCGAAACGGCCGGCCAAGCCCAAGAGCGACGACCCACCCCCGGAGGAGUCUGAGGUUCUGAUCCUCAACACGCCCCCCAAGAAGCACCAACCGUCCCUCCUGCUUGCCCUCUGCAUGACCUUCGGGCCAUACUUCCUGGUCAGCAGCGUCUACAAGAUCAUCCACGACAUCCUCAUGUUUGUCGGCCCUGAGAUUCUGCGGCUGCUGAUCAACUUUGUGAACGACCCUAGCAUCCCCUCCUGGCACGGCUACUUCUACACUGCUCUGUUGUUCGCGUGCGCCUGUGUGCAGACCCUGAUCCUGCAAAAGUACUUCCACGUGUGCUUCGUGACGGGCAUGAGGGUCCGCACCGCCGUUGUGGGCGCCAUCUAUCGGAAGGCCAUGGUGAUCACCAAUGCGGCCCGUCGCACCUCUACCGUGGGCGAGAUCGUUAACCUGAUGUCGGUAGACGCACAGCGCUUUAUGGACCUCAUCACGUACAUCAACAUGAUCUGGUCCGCCCCCCUGCAGGUGGUGCUGGCACUGUACUUCCUGUGGCAGAACCUGGGUCCAUCCGUGUUGGCCGGGGUAGCGGUGAUGAUCCUGAUGGUGCCGGUGAAUGCCGUCAUCGCCAUGAAGACCAAGACGUAUCAGGUGGCCCAGAUGAAGAGCAAGGACAGUCGCAUCAAGCUGAUGAAUGAGGUGCUGAACGGCAUCAAGGUGCUGAAGCUGUACGCCUGGGAGCUGGCCUUCCGGGACAAGCUGUCUGAGAUCCGCGAGAGCGAGCUGGCCGUGCUCAAGAAGAGCGCCUACCUGAGCGCCGUCUCCACCUUCACCUGGGUCUGCGCGCCGUUCCUGGUGGCGCUCUCCACCUUCGCAGUAUACGUCCUGGUGGACGAGAGAAACGUGCUGGAUGCCCAGAAGGCCUUCGUGUCCCUGGCGCUAUUCAACAUCCUGCGCUUCCCCCUCAACAUGCUGCCCAUGGUCAUCAGUAGCAUGGUGCAGGCCAGUGUGUCACUGAAGCGUCUGCGCGCGUUCCUAUCGCACGAGGAGCUGGAGGAGGACAGCGUGGACAGGAAGGGGAUAACUGGCUCCCCCAACAGCGUCAUGGUAGCCAAUGGCGUCUUCAGCUGGUCCAGCGGUGACACGCCCAUCCUGAAGGGGAUCAGCAUACGCAUUCCAGAGGGGGCUCUGGUCGCUGUGGUGGGUCAUGUGGGCUCUGGGAAGUCCUCGCUGCUGUCCGCCUUGCUCGGGGAGAUGCAGAGGCAGGAAGGCUCUGUGUCAGUCAAGGGCUCCGUGGCCUACGUGCCCCAGCAGGCCUGGAUCCAGAACGCGUCCCUGCGGGACAACAUCACCUUUGGCCGUGAGAGGAAGGAGGACUGGUACCAGCGGGUGGUGGAGGCCUGCGCUCUUGGACCUGACCUGGAGAUCCUGCCAGCUGGAGAUGCCACUGAGAUCGGGGAGAAGGGCGUGAACCUCUCCGGGGGGCAGAAGCAGCGGGUCAGCCUGGCACGGGCCGUGUACUGCGACCGCUCCGUCUAUCUACUGGACGACCCGCUGUCCGCCGUGGAUGCCCACGUCGGGAAGCACAUCUUCGAGGAAGUCAUCGGGCCCCGGGGGCUCCUGCAGGGCAGGACGCGCAUCCUGGUCACGCAUGGCCUGAGUUUCCUGCCGCAGGCCAACCUGAUCCUGGUCAUGGUGGACGGUGAGAUCACAGAGACUGGCUCGUACCAGGAGCUGCUCAGCCACCAGGGCGCCUUUGCAGAGUUCCUGAGGACAUAUGCCAACACCGAACAGGAGGAGGCGCCAGAGGAAGGAGAGAGUGAGGACCAGGAGGAUAAAGGGAGAGAAGGAGAUGGGAGCCUCCCUCAGAAAGGCCUGGAAAAUGGGGCUCCUUUGGGGAUGCUGAGUCAGAGCAGUUCCACCAAACCCCCACCAGAGGGCACCAGCAAGGCAGCUGACAAGGCAGCUGACGCUGGCAAGCUGACGGAGGCAGACAAGGCGAACACAGGCAGGGUCAAGUUGGCGGUCUUCUGGGAGUACAUGAAGGCCAUUGGCGUUUUCCUGUCCUUCUUCAGCAUCCUGCUCUUCCUCUGCCACCACGUCGCCUCGCUGUCCUCCAACUACUGGCUGAGCUUGUGGACGGAUGACCCCGUGGUGAACGGCACCCAGCCGUACACCAAGCUGCGCCUGGGCGUGUACGGCGCCUUGGGGCUCUGCCAAGGCAUCGCCGUGUUCCUGUACUCCAUCACGGUGUCCCUCGGCGGCAUGCUGGCCUCGCGGCACCUCCACCAGUCCAUGCUCUACAACGUGCUCCGCUCCCCCAUGUCCUUCUUCGAGCGCACGCCCAGCGGCAACCUGGUGAACCGCUUCUCAAAGGAGACGGACACCAUCGACUCGGUCAUCCCCAACAUCAUCAAGAUGUUCCUGGGCUCCAUGUUCAACGUGCUCAGCUCCUGCGCUAUGAUCCUCAUGGCCACGCCCCUGGUGGCUGUCAUCAUCCCUCCCCUUGGGCUGCUCUACUUUUUCGUGCAGCGUUUCUACGUGGCUUCAUCUCGCCAGCUGAAGCGCAUGGAAUCGGUGACUCGCUCCCCUGUGUACACUCACUUCAACGAGACCCUGCUGGGCACCAGCGUGAUCCGGGCCUUCGGUGACCAGGAGCGCUUCAUCUCCGAGAGCGACUGCCGCGUGGACUACAACCAGAAGGCGUACUACCCCAGCAUCGUGGCCAACAGGUGGCUGGCUGUGCGGCUGGAGUUCGUGGGGAACUGCAUCGUGCUGUUCGCGGCCCUGUUUGCUGUCAUAGCCCGGGAGAACCUCAGCGCGGGCAUCAUGGGUCUUUCGAUAUCGUAUGCUCUGCAGGUUACCGCCUCCUUGAACUGGCUGGUGCGAAUGUCUUCAGAGCUGGAGACCAACAUCGUCGCUGUGGAGAGAGUCAAGCAGUAUGAGGGCACUGAGAAAGAGGCGGCCUGGCAGCUGGAGCAGUCCACCCUCCCACAUGGCUGGCCCACCUCCGGACACAUCCAGGUCCAAGGAUUCGGCCUGCGCUACAGGGAGGACCUGGAGAUGGCGCUGAAGAACAUCUCCAUCACUAUAGAAGCUGGAGAGAAGGUUGGCAUUGUGGGACGGACUGGUGCUGGCAAGUCCUCCCUGACCCUGGGCCUGUUCCGCAUCAUCGAGGCUGCCAAAGGGGAGAUCCUCAUCGACGGCGUGAACAUCGCCAGGCUGGGUCUCCACGAGCUUCGCUCCCGCAUCACCAUCAUCCCUCAGGACCCUGUACUGUUCUCUGGGUCGCUGCGCAUGAACCUCGACCCCUUCGACCGUUACUCGGAUGAGGUGGUGUGGAGCGCCCUGGAGCUGGCCCACCUCAAGAGCUUCGUCUCCAGCCUGCCUGAUAAGCUGGGCCACGAGUGUUCAGAAGGAGGAGAGAACCUGAGUCUGGGUCAGCGUCAGCUGCUGUGUCUGGCCCGAGCUCUGCUGCGCAGAACCAAGGUGCUGGUUCUGGACGAGGCCACGGCCGCCGUGGACCUGGAGACGGACAACCUGAUCCAGUCGACCAUCCGCAGCCAGUUCGAGGACUGCACCGUGCUGACCAUCGCCCACCGGCUCAACACCAUCAUGGACUACACCAGGGUACUGGUGUUGGAGAAGGGCCAAAUCGUGGAGUUUGACACGCCAACUAACCUCCUUGCCCAGAAAGGAAUCUUCUAUAAGAUGGCCAAGGACUCUGGCCUGGUGUGAUGGCUGCCGUGACAGGAGCCUGGGAAGAACAGGAGGAGAUGGUUUGACUGCAGCUGGGGGUGGGGUCUUCGUGAUUAGCCCCCCCAACUUACGGACUCCCUCUCUACAAUCAUAAACUUCACUCCACUUCACUGACAAAGAUUUAUUUUUAUAGCUCCCACUAUAAUUAUUAAUAUUAUUGUAAUAUAUAUUUUUAUUAUAAUUAUUUUCUAUUACGAUGUGUAGUUUUCGUACUGGGCAUCCCGCUGCAGUGGAGGGGUGCUGUUCUGACAGUGAAUCCCAUUUCCUGAGGUGUGUGUGUGUGUGUGAGAGAGAGAGAGAGAUCUGAGCUUUGGAUCGACACCCUGGCCUCAUGCCGGCUGUCACGAUUAGCCCGCACGGAGGCGGGUCAGAAGACGGGCAACACGGACAGAGACUCGUCACCCAGGACAGCACUAACGCUAAAACGUCCAGCCGGCCAGGGCAUUGUGCCGUUUGCCGAUUAGCACCCCUCCCUCUUGGGUUCAGAGAUCCCCCGGUGCUGAGCUUCUAGCCGGGGACCGACUGCUGUUUAUCUGACUUUACCAUUUCAUCUGAAGCUGCUUGGUUUGCCUUCCCGGGUGUUAAAACACAGAAGCUGUUUGAGGUGGACUGUCUGGCUCAGCAGUGCUCUCACCGCACCAGCCACCUCACACUAUUACCUCAUUCUUCAGGGGCGGGGGGGGCGCAAUUCAUGUUGUGAAUGUAUUUUCAUCGAUGUUGCCAUUGUUUUGGGGAUCCUUUGCAAAUAGUCUGUCGGAACCAUCCUGACGCAGGCGCCUGUAUCCUGAGCACUGUGGUCCUCCGGAGCAAGAGAAAUUCUGGCUUUUAAUAGUCGGAGGGAGCAGCAAGUGGCUCAGAGAGACUGGUGUUCAGGCAGGUUGCGCUUUGUUCUUUUGUUUUUUUUUUUUUGGUGGAACCAAACGCUGAUUUCAUUCAAAGCUGAACAAUUGUACAGGAUCACAAUGGCUUUAAAUUUUUGCAUCUGGUUUAAGUGAGACUUUUACAAACUUAUUCAUAGACAGUAGAUUCAAAACCAGCCUUUUUUUAAAGCUGAGAUGUUAUGCUGUAAAGUCUUUUGAUAACGUCAUUGUUUAUCUUGCAGGAUCUCUCUCUAAAUGUUUUGAUUUUGACAUCCAAAGACGGGCAUCUUUCAAGUCCUCUGCCCUGAGUACCAGUGGGGCUGCUUGUGUUUAGCUGGGCCCUGUUUGCUCAAUAGUACAGGCCAACCUGCGUGUUAGACUAUCACCGAAGAUCAGGGUGCUAUCUGGGUUACCAUUAUGCUGCAUCUCUCCUGCGUCUCUUCGUGGGUGGGUGGUGCGUCCAGCUCCUCGUCAGUGCUGCUGAGGUUGUCCUGCUAGCUUGCUUACCUGCCAAGUGUCAAUUCUAUGGCGUUUCCAUAGCAACGGUCUUACCAGGUCAUGUGUUUCUUAGAAGUCUCAGAUAAUCAUGCUUUGUCACGCCGAGGAGCCCAUGCUCUGACCUGGACCUGUAUGUUGACAUUUCUCAGCUCAUCGCUGAUCAUACUGAAUAUUCUCUCCCAGCAGAUCGUUUCCCGUAGCGCGCAGAGGGUUGGUAGCUCAGGCGACGCUCAUUAACGCGAGUCAUUGUCUUCUGUAUGUUCAUAAAUACUCAUAACGCUCCUUGUUAAAUAUAAGGUCAUACUAAUUAGCGCACCUUGGAGGCUUGGUCCUUACAAGCUACGUCAUUGUUACUCUUUGGAAUUGUUACAUUUGCCAGCACUUUCCUCCAGUUAGAGUAGCAGUUGAUUGCAGUGUAUUUUUUUAGUUAGCUAGGGCUGUUGCUAACCUCUCAUAGGUAGAGGUGCGAUGGUGGGUCCCUGCACUGCUGCUUGACGUUACACCCAGCAGCUGCUGAGUGUAUCACGCUCCCGCCAUGAACGGCACGGUCGUCGGCCACUUCCCGCUGGUCCGCGUGUCUCCAGUGACAUUUCCGCGGAUCCCCCUGUGUGACGUAGAUGCUGACACCACCAAAAUAAGUUUGUGUGAAAGAAUUGUACUGUUUAAAUAUUUAUAUAAUUAUAUAUGUUCCAAAAAAAUUGCAUUUAAUAGGUUGGAGAGUGUUGAACUGAAAUGCUGUUAAACAUGCAAAAUAAAAGCUUUGAUUUCUUUA